GAGUAUGAACAAGUCAGAAUUUCUGUUCUUCCCAUCGAAAGUAAAAACAAAUGUCUUGGUAAUCUCUGAUUUCUGUAUUGCGAGUUCAUUCCAUAGAACUUCUCAUCCUGUCCUUCAUCCCACUCCACAUUUUCUACACCAUUCCAUCUCCAAAGUAAAUAUUGACACCUCGAUGUCUAUUGAUAAAUGUUGUUUACCCACUUGAGAUGAUUUCUCUUGUAUAAAAGUUUUCUGCUCAAAAUUUGCAAUCAUGUCCGCUUCUCAGGGAAUGAAUGAUGCAAAUGGCACCAAUGGAGCUACGAUGGUGAAUGAUCCCACAGCUAGGUCACCACAAAACUCAAAGAUGGUGAAUGGUACAAAAGAGAAGAGGCCAAACAUUUUUCGAAGGCUAAUCCGGAGGCCUAAGAAGACUCAACCAAAAGUCGCAGGCACAAUCGUUGCAACACCCGCUGAGAUCAAUGAAGCAACAGCAAGAUUGUUUGCAAGACUCGAGGACAGGUAUAUUGUUAUGGAUAUAAUGUAUGAUAUACCUGAGACUGACUUACACCUCAGGUACGCAGACAAUUUUAGGGCGCAAGGUUUUGAGGCGGAAAGACCAUUCAUACCUCGCAAAUUCGAGACACAACGAGCACUCUAUCAAUGGGCACUUCCAGGAAGCACAAGCUCAUAUCCACCUCACUUGAAAUGGAUACCUCUCGAUGAUCGUGUGGGACUGCUUAAAAUUUUCAACCUCAAGCGAUUCGUUGACGUCACGGUCUCACUUCUCCCCAAGAUCCCGCCAGAGAUCUCAAAUCUUCUUUUUGGAGAUCCUUACAAUGGGAUUACCAUGGCAAUGCUAGAGGAAAGAAUGAUGGUUCUACACAAUGAACAGAAAAAUAUUGGAACUGAACCCAGCAUUGGCGAUCGUAAGGAUUGGUAUAGUGAUGCAGUGUUUGCUCAACAAUAUUUUACCGGUCCUAAUCCUUCAUCCAUCGCUCUGGCCGGUCAAACUUGGCUGGAUAGGUUCAAAAGGGCCGCUUUUGAUCAAGGGAAUAAGGAAAUGCAUAAUCUCCUUGAGAGAUUCAAUCCCAACUCCUUCUAUAUCCAAGAUUGUAGUUUCUUCCGCGAAUGGGCUGGCGCUUCGCCCGACGCCACUCUCAAAUCUGACAAUGGCAAAAGAUUUGGAUGUGCCUCUGUAACAUUGUUCCACCUGAAUGCAGAUGGUGAUCUCCAUCCUUUGGCUAUUGUCUUGGAUUACAAAGUCAGCAUGGAGAACUCGGUCACGAUCUUCAAUAAAAGAAUCAAUCCAAAUGAUCCAAAGGAUAAUGAGUACGAUGACUGGCCAUGGAGAUAUGCCAAAAUGUGUAGUUUGGUUGCCGACUGGACUCACCAUGAGCUGAAAUUACAUCUCAAUGACUGCCAUUUUGUGGAGGAGGCGAGUGCGGUUGCAGCUUAUAGAAGCUUUCCAAGUGACCAUAUCGUUUACAAGAUUUUGGAACCUCAUUGGUAUGUUUUCCCGUCGGUUUUUUUUCUACUCUCCGAAUUUCCUGGAUUGUAUUUUAUAACAGCUGAUCGGAUGUGAUAAAACAGGUUCAAAACUCUUUCUCUCAACGCCGCCGCCCGGGACACUCUUGUUCCGCAGCUGAUAACCAAAAUCAAUGGAUUCACUGAGCGGCAGACCUACGAUUAUCUUCUCAGCUCUUACAGAAACUUCAACUGGACUGGCAACUAUGUUCCAACUUCACUCAUUACGCGUGGCUUUCCACUGUCGUCCCUAAACAACAAGAGCGACCGCCGAUUUCACAACUAUGCAUACGGGAAAAAUAUGGCCAUACUGUGGCCAAUCCUGUUUGAAUUUGUCUCUUCCAUGCUCGCCACAUUUUACACCGGCGAUUCUGACGUUGCAAAAGACACCUGUGUGUCUGCUUGGUGUAAUGAGAUGCAAUUGCCGACGGGUGGUCAGAUGCCCACCUUCCCAAGUAUCAGGACUCUCGAUGAAUUGACGAACGCGAUAACUAUGUGCAUCCAUAUUGCUUCGCCUCAGCAUAAUGCUAUAAACUACCUCCAAAAUUACUACAUGUCGUUCAUCCCUAACAAACCGCCAUCUCUACAACAACCACUUCCUGAAAGUUUGAGCGCUCUUCAGAGGUACAGGGAAGUCGAUGUCAUCAAUUCUCUCCCAGUCAAAGACCCAGCACUCUGGAUUCAAGCAUCACAGCUUCCCUAUCUAAUCAGCUAUAGAGUGGCCGAAGAUCAAACACUUCCAGCUUAUGCAAGGGAAUUGAGAGACGCCACAAUCAAUCCCCGGGGGAGAUUCGCUGGGCCAGGAGAUACCGCGAGGAGAACAGAGGGGGUACGAAGAGCAGCUGAAAAGUUGUUGCUAGAUCUCGACGUCGCAGCAAGAAAAUUCAAGGAGAAUAGUGAGGCGAUGAGUGAAGGAGCCGUGCCGUAUUCCGUCAUGGAUCCUGGAGAAUUGGCCGUGAGCGUGCUAAUAUAAUUUCAUGUUGCCACCUUUCAAUUACUUAGAAAGUCUUUUCACCUUUUGCUUUAGUUGGUUGCGCCGCUAUUAGCUGAUUUUAGUUCCUCAAAUUAUGAUUUAUGCCCACGCUUGGGGAUUGGUUUGGAAAAUAAUAGGGUUUGGGUGGAUUUUAUGCUAGAUAAAUUCAAUCUUCUACAUUUCGACGCGUCUGGCUCAUUCUCGGAGGUUCAUGGUGUUGCAAUUUAUGUUCCAAAACUUCCGUUUUGUGUCGUUUUACCUAUCUUAGUGAUAGACCAAUUUCAACUGAAAUUU